GGCCCAGUCGAGAUGGCACAAUCGGCGAGGACACGAUCCGAGCGUCAUUAAUAUCCGCAGUCAGCGAUAAGCUCCGAUGGCGUAUGAAGGAGGAGUUGGAUCGGGCCUCAGCAGAGCUGCAUGCAUUAAAACGUACAGAAGAGGACCUGAAGAAAGGCCACCAAAAGCUGGAGGAAAUGAUCUCUCGUCUCGAUCAAGAAGUGGCUGACGUUGAUAAAAAUAUAGACCUUCUGAAAAAGAAAGACGAAGAACUAACAGCUGCCCUCGAGAAAAUGGAGAGCCAGUCUGAAAACAAUGACAUUGAUGAUGUGAUUGUACCAACGGCGCCCUUGUACAAGCAGAUCCUUAACCUUUACGCAGAAGAAAAUGCCAUUGAGGACACAAUCUUUUACCUGGGAGAAGCCCUACGCCGUGGAGUUAUUGAUCUGGAGGUUUUCCUAAAGCACGUGCGUCUCCUGUCUCGUAAGCAGUUUCAGCUCCGGGCACUGAUGCAGAAGGCCAGGAAGACGGCCGGACUGAGUGACCUGUACUGAUUGAUGUGUGGCCCUUCCUUCCUGUCCCACAUGGUGAAUGAGCUGGCAGCUUUAUGUUCUCCUCCUGCAUAUUUUUCAGUUUUCUCUCGUUCUGAUGGAUGCUCAUGUUGUCUUUUUAUUUUAUUUUUUUUUUCUGCCUCCACUCCACCCUUUCUACUUGUGAGUUUCUUUGUAUUUUCACGGUACCUGGGUGCCAUCUCUUCUCUGACCUCACAAUACGUGUUGGUGCAGCGUAUUGAUGUAUUACAGUUUGCACUUUCAUAUUAAAAAGAUUUGCUUUUUUUAAUAUAUAUAUAUAUAUAUAUAUAUAUAUAUAUAUAUAUAUAUAUAUAUAUAUAUAUAUAUAUAUAUAUAGUUUUGUCUAAUACAGGAACUUGAAGUCUGGUUUGGACUGUUCUCACAGCUGUCAAAUACAACUUUUCCUAAAAAAUUUUUACCAGAAUUUUCCACACCUGCGGCUUGCCAUUUGUAUUUCUAUGCACGUUAUGAUGGCCUCCUCUCUCCCGCCUACCGUAUUUCUGUUUCUUAAGUUUAGCCAAUAUUAAGUCUUUUGUUUAUAAAUUUUUGUUGAAAUAUUUUUGACUGAUCAUUAGGAAACCAUAUUUAAGAGGUAACCGUAUGCUUUUUAUUUUAUUAUUUUUUUUUUUUUUUUGGAAGUAUAAAUUAAGGUCAUAUAAUUUUUGUUGUCGUGUUUUGUCAUUUAGACUAACAGUUUAAUUUAAAGCACUUUGAAAUUAAUGUAAACAUAAUCAUUGAUAAUAUGGAAAAGUCAUGUAGAAUUAAUAAAAUUAUUUUGUUUUUUCUUCCUCUG